AUGCAACAGCUCAAUAUUCAGAACUUCUGGCAUGUCAAUCCUGGAGGGGUUAGUGGUACUGCUGGAGGGAUAUUAUUGAUAUGGAAGCACCAUCUUGAUGUUGAAAUUAUGGAUUGCUCCAUUAACCAUAUUAAUGCUACAAUCAAGCAUACCAGUGGCCCUUCUUGGCUCUUUACUGGUUAUUAUGGCAGUCCUUAUGAUACUGAUAGUAAACUUAGCUCUUGGAAAUACAGUACCCAAACUUUGGACAAUAUUGAAACUAAUAUCUUUAGCAACAAAAUUGUGGAUUUCGAUCUAAAUGAUUUGGGAAAUGUUGGAUGUCCUUUCACUUGGUCUAAUAAGAGAAGUGGUCCUGCUUUUACUGAACAGAUACUAGAUAGAGGAUUAGCCAAUGAACCUUGGCUGCUUGUCCAUCCAAACUCUACUAGGAAUAUAUCUGGUUCUAGUGCUUUUAUCAUUGCUAGAAAGCUCAAAGACAUUAAACUGAAACUCAAAGACAGAAAUGAAGCUUUAAAAACUGCUACUCAAGUGCUUAGAGAAUGGCAAGACAUUGAGGAAAAAUUCUGGAAGAUUAAAAGCAGGGAUCAAUUCAUCAAGUUGGGAGAUAAGAACAAAAGUUAUUUUCACAGAACCACAAAAUGCAGAAUAAGAAGAAACAAGAUAGAUUCUAUUCAAGAUAGUGUUGGAAACUGGAUUGAAGACUACCAUGAAAUUAAAUACUGUUUCACUAAACACUUCUCUAAGAUGGCUAUUACUGAAUCACCUGAAAUGAACCUUGAAAUCAUCAAUCUCAUCCCCACCACUAUAACCAUUGCUGAUAACAACAAUCUCAACAGAAUUCCUGAAGAUUAUGAGGUCAAAAGUAUUCUCUUUAGUAUGGCCAAAGACAAAGCACCAGGGCCAGAUGAAUUCCCCCCUAGUUUUUUCCAAGCCAACUGGGAUAUUUUUGGAGAGGAUCUAAUCAAAAUGGUUCAGCAUUUCUUCAAGUCUGGGCACCUUCUCAAAGAAAUGAAUUCAACUUUCAUAUCACUGAUACCCAAAACUAAGAAUUCAUCAAACCCCAGUCAUUUCAGACUCAUCAGCCUCUGCAACACCACAUACAAAAUCAGAUCCAAACUAGUGGAAUGGAAAUUUCUUAUUACUAUUAUAGGAAAAAUUGGAUUCAACUCUGACUGGUGCAACAAGAUUAUGCAAUGCAUUUCAACCACCUCCACUGUUGUGUUAAUAAAUGGUUCUCCUGAUAAAUUCUUCAAUCCCUCUAGAGGGAUGAGACAAGGGGAUACCCUAUAUCCCUACCUAUUUCUAUUCUGCAUGGAAGCUUUGUAUAGAACCUUAUCUCAUGUUGAAGACUUGGGAAUCAUUUCUGGAGUUCAAAUUUGCAAGAAUGAUCCUUCUAUAAACCAUCUUCUAUUUGCUGAUGAUUGUAUGGUUUUCUGCAAAGCUAAUCUCUCUGAAGCCCAAAAUCUUAAGGAUAUUCUAAACCUCUUUGGAAAUACUUCUGGUCAACUUAUAAAUUUCAGAAAAUCUGGUGUUUUCUUCAGCAAGAAUAUUAAUCCCGCUCUUAUGCCUAACAUCUGCAAUCUUCUAGGAGUUCAAGCUCUUCCUAUAAAUGACAAGUAUUUAGGAUCUCCUCUCUUUACUCAUAAAAGCAUAAUUCAAUCUUUCAAGCCAGAUGUGGAAAAGAUGAAGAUAAAUCUGUCAAGUUGGAAGAACUCCCCCUUAAACCCAGCUGGAAGAGAGGUUGUCAUCAAAUUUGUUACUUCCACAGCCAGCAUCUACCAAAUGAAUUGCUUUAGAAUUCCAAAGAAAAUUUGCCAAGAUAAGAACAAGCUUCAAAGAGACUUCUUCUGGGGUAAAAAAUUAGAAAAUCCCACAGGUUACUAUCCAAAAGCUUGGACAGCUAUAUGUAAACCAAAAGAUAUUGGUGGUCUUGGAUUCAUGAAUAUGAAACUCUUCAAUAGUGCCAUGAUAACAAAAAUAGGGUGGAGGAUGGAACAAGAUAAGGACUCUCUAUGGUACCAAUUGAUGGAUGCCAAGUAUGUACUGGGAAGAAAUGUACUCAACAUGGAUACCAAAGCCAAAGAUGGAGACUCCUGGAUAUGGAAAGGAAUUCUAGAAGGUAUCCAAAACAUUCAACAACAUUGUGUCUGGAGGAUAGGCAAUGGCAACAAAAUUAAUAUUUGGGAAGACCACUGGCUACCUAACUCAACAGACAAGCUUUCAAAACCUGCAAACUGCCCAAAUAAUACUCAGUUUCUAGCUCAUUUAAUGACAGACCAAAAGGAAUGGAAUCUGCAGUUUAUCCAACAACUCUUCAGCCCUGACAUUACUCAAGCCAUCACUAAUCUAGAUAUCCACCCAGGGAAGAAGACAACAUACACUGGAAUCUCAACAGCACAGGAAAAUUCUCUGUCAAAGCUUUGUACAAAGCCAAAAUAG